CACAUCUAUAGGGUGUGGCAUACUGUUAAUUUUCUCGGUCUUCUCCCCUCCGCCGUCGCAGCCGUCCCUCGCCGGAGAUUCCCCGGUCGCCAACCUCCAUCUCCCCUCAUCCCCUCCCUCAAUUUCGGUCUUGGGUUCAAGAGGAGGCGAUGGAGGGGGCAGCGGAGACGAUGGGCGGGAAGCUGGAAGCGGCGCUGCUCCACAUCAUGCAGCGCCACCACCACGAAUCCCUCCGUCAACGGAAGAACACCGAGAGAGCAAAGAUGGAUGCUGUGAGGAGCGCCACGCGGGUCGCGGAUCUCCUCGUGGCCACGGUUGAUGGCGGAGUUCAGGAGCUCUACAUCAACGAGAAGCGUAUAGAGCUUGAAGCCCGCGCACUGCUUGCUACAAUCGCGCGGUACAGGAAGCAGACUGACCAGUGGCUUGCUGCCACCAACGCAAUCAACUCGGUCUUGAAGGAAAUUGGUGAUUUUGAGAACUGGAUGAAGGUCAUGGAUUUCGACUGUAAAAGUAUAAAUGCAGCUAUCCGUAACAUUCACCAAUCCUGACUCUCCCUGUGACUAUGGUGUUAGCAAGAUUUUAUCCUGUUCCUACUCAGUUAGAUUUUUUAUCUUUCAGCUGUCAACUCUGUUGUAUAGGACUGGUUUUCUGUACACAAUUGAAAAUCAAAACCUUCCUCAUCUUUUUACUGGGAAACCUCCCAUGGGCAACAACGUAUUCUGUUGCAAGCUACAUCGUAUAUUUGUUGGACCUCAGAAAAUAAACAUUGGUUCUGAUGUAUAUCUUGCUCUAUAUACCGAAUUGUAUACUCUUGACAGUUGGAUUACAUUGUCAACCUUUUCACUUUGGAAGUGCUGAUAUAUUCAUGAUAUGAUUUAUUACUAGCUUUUCCC